ACCCUUAAGAAAUAAAAAGUCAUCAUCGUUUCUAAAAUUCUAUCAAAAGCGGCAUUUAUAUCCACGAUUUUUCUAUUAAAUAUUUGUUAAGUUAUUAAAUUUAAUAAAGAAUAAAACAUGUCGAUAUUGACGUACAAUGGUGGCUGUGUUGUCGCAAUGCGUGGAAAAGAUUGCGUAGCUAUUGGUACGGAUCGACGUUUCGGUGUGCAGGCACAAACCAUUUCAACGGAUUUUGAUAAGGUGUUCCAAAUGAAUCCACGUAUGUUUCUGGGUUUGGUGGGCUUGCAAACUGAUAUUUUAACUGUGAAAGAUCGCCUGCAUUUUCGUAAAAGCCUUUAUGAGACCCGCGAGAAUCGAGAAAUGCAACCAGAACGCUUCGCUGCUAUGCUAUCGAGCUUUUUAUAUGAACACCGUUUUGGACCAUUUUUUAUUGAACCAGUCAUUGCCGGCCUGGAUCCUGAAACAAUGGAACCAUUUAUAUGUAAUAUGGAUUUAAUUGGCUGCUCUAAUAUACCCGAUGACUUUGUUGUUGCGGGUACUUGUUAUGAACAAUUAUACGGUAUGUGCGAAACGUUAUGGAAACCUGAUAUGGAAGCGACUCAAUUAUUUGAAACGAUAUCUCAGGCUAUGAUAAACGCUUUCGAUCGUGAUGCUAUCAGUGGUUGGGGUGCUACUGUUUAUGUUAUUGAACAGGAUAAAAUUACUAUCAAGACCUUGAAGACUCGUAUGGAUUAAAAUAUUGUAAUAUCGUUUGAAAUUAUUUUUUUAAAUAUAAGCAAUUCCUUAAUGGGUCUUAGGAAAAUAAAAAAUAAAAAUAAAUAUUAUGUUUUGAAAAUCAUCUACAAGAAACGCUGAAUAAUGGGAACGUCAUGAAGUGAAAAGUUCAAAGUAGUUUGUCUUAAAACACAAGUUCUCAAUCGAUAUUCAUGGAUUGUGAUUUUAAGAAAGCAAUUUUGGUCUCCUCAGUCCUAAUAUGCAUUUUUAAAAGAGUAUGUGGUUUGAGGACUAUUCUAUUUUCAAUUUGUGUAACUAGUACUAGAUGGGAUGAUGUUCAUCCGUUAUGGACUCUUUUUGCUUAGAUCUCAGUUUCCUUUCACUAACGUUCUGGCCAGAAUAAUUUUUAUUCGGUCUCUUAAUUGAAGUUCAAAGCUGAAUUUUAAUACCUAUGACCAUAACUCGUGACAUCUGAGAUUUGAACAUAAUAAUGAUAACUAUAUUGUACUAAUUUGUAGUGGUAGGUAUCCGUAUUCGUUCCAAAGCGAAUGUAUAAUAUAUUCAUUUUAUAUAAGUUUUAAUUUAUUUAUUAUUGAUAUUAUACUCUAGUCUGAACUCAUUUGUC